UUUGCAUUUUCUCUAGCAAGUCAUAUGUGGGCUUUCCAUGCGCUGAUGACAGUUCAAGCGAACUCUAGUUAUGAAAAAAAGGUAUACGUUGGUUCAUGCGAACACCUCUCCGCUGAUUCGAACUGUGACCAGGAAAUUGAUGCGUCAUAAUGCCGGUCGGGAUGACGGUUUAUGCGAUGUUCUUGAUGCAUCCCUUCUAACUGUUGAAUGAUAGGAGAACUUUCCUUGUUGUUGUUACUAUAGCCUAUUGUGUCAUGUACCAAGUUUCCUGAUCUGACAUAAUUUUCUUCUCACUGAUUGUGUCUAAGAUUUUACAACAAUUUUCAUGCAAGCUUUGGAGUGUGGAAAAACUUGGUAUUUGGAGUUUUAAUAUUCAUUAGAUGAAGUAUAUACAAGUUUAUUUAGAUAUUGAUUUUGUUGCUUAACACUGCAGCAUAACUAAUUGAAUGCCCGUUACAAUGGAUAAAGAAAUUCGUAUUACCAUACCAUGCUUAGUCACCAUCAUUGAGCUUAACAUGCACCACACCAUUAGCUGCAUUAAGUGCUCUGCCAAGCACUGUCUUUAGUAUAGUUCCCCCACUGUGCUGGGCCUACUUUUCACCCUCGACUCCGGCACUACAUCCUGCCAAUCUCCGCUAUAGCAAGUAUCACCUCUUCGUGCCGGUGAUUGGGAAAAUUGUAAAGACUGAGAGGAUGUGGUGUCCAUUGGGAAAAUUAAGUGGAUGAGGAUCCUUUGAAAGGAAUUUGUGAGAGAGAAGAGGAUCUUUUUAUGCAUGUAGAAGCUCUUGAGGUUCUUCUCCAGGGUCUCUCUGGUGCCCCAACAGAGCGUGUUAGGAUUCAUGAGCUGUGUCUUAAAAGUGGACCCAAGUUAGGUGUUGUCCCAUCCGAGGUUCGUUUGUUGUGUGACUUAGCUCAGCCCACACCAUCCUGGACCAUAAGACAUGUUGGUGGUGCCAUGAGAGGUGCUGGUGCGGAGCAAAUCUCAGUUCUGGUUCGUACAGUUGUGGAGAGCAAAGCUAGCAAGAAUGUCCUGCACUACUUCUACACUAUAGGGUACAAGCUAGACCAUGAACUUUUGAAGAUCGGCUUUGCAUUUUGCUUCCACCGAGGUGCCCAGAUCACCGUCACUGUUACAUCUGCUAACAAGAUGGCAAAGCUCCAUGCGACUGAUGAAGCUGUGCCGGUCACUCCUGGCAUGCAGCUAGUGGAAAUCACGGCACCUGCUGCUGCUGACAAUUACAACGAUGUUGUUUCAGCUGUCACUGCGUUCUGUGAAUAUCUUGCACCGCUGCUGCAUCUGUCAAAACCAGGAAACACAACUGGAAUCGUCCCAACCGCUGGCGCUGCAGCUGCCUCUCUCAUGUCAAGUUGUGGUGUCAAAACCUUGUAAUGUUGGCAUGGCUGCUGUGGUGGUUUUCGUUGAGCUGAGUGGGCGGUGUAGCUGAUUAGGCGGUCUUCGCUGGGCUGAGCGGGCAGUUUCGCCAUGGCGCUGGCGAGCGAUGCGCCAAGUUCUUGCAUCUGAUUUGCUUGCUUGUGGGCACGUCGUGACUUGUAGCUUAUCAAUCCGUGCGACCCACCUGUUGUGUAUAUGCAACUUUUUUUUUAUCAUCGACACAGUAAUCAAAUUAUUUAGCUGGCA